CCUGCAGUGUGACCCUUUCAACAUUCACCCAGCUUCUUCAAGACCCAACAAAGUCUUCUUUUCAUUUUUCCUCCAUAAUGCUAGAAUCUGAAAUUAUUGCCAAAAUGCCGGAACCAACACCGCCGUCUCCUAAAUCACCCAAGUCGCAUUACAGCAAGCAUAUCAUUUUGACAACAUACCCCGGUCAAAGUGGUAUUGACCCUGUGCCUUUGGAAUGGGGUGCUGGAGAUGCCAAAUCUCGUGGCCCCGUGGUGGUCUCUCGCAGCGGUAACCUCGUGAAGCGCCGCAAUGCCAUCGGUGCGCAUGGCGGGAGCUACAGUAUCUACAACGCGUUGGCUGUUGCUUCCGGCGAGUUGGAUGCGGCCUUCCGCCCCGAUCUACGCAACAGUCAGCCGACCUUUGACUUCCCCUGGCAAAAGGCGUGGGCAGACAAGACCAAGAUCGUAUCAAUGGACCCAUACGGUCAUGAUAUUCUCAACCAGUAUAAGGAGGAGCUGGAGGCGGGCUGGGACAUUCGGCCCACAAUGGCGGUGACACGAGCUAACAUGAAGUUGGCGGAAAUUGCGGACUCUGUGCGUGACGGGCAGCUCGAGGUGGAUGGCUCUAUUGUGGUCGACUCGUCUGGCGAGGUGCGAGUGACAAAGGUUGCAGUAGAGCCGGUCUGGUAUUUGCCCGGUGUGGCCGAGCGAUUCGGCGUUGAUGAAGGCACUCUUCGUCGUAGCUUGUUUGAGCACACAGGUGGCAGUUAUCCCGAAUUGAUCACCCGUCCCGACUUGAAGCGAGUGGCCGAUGAGAAUGUUAAGCUGGCGCUUCGUAUUCACGAUGAGUGCAACGGUAGCGACGUGUUCCAGUCCGAUAUCUGCACCUGUCGACCAUACUUGGCCUUUGGUAUCCGUGAAGCGAUCCGCGAAGCACAGAAUGGCGGGAGUGGCGUGGUCAUCUACUUCCGCAAGGAAGGCCGUGCCCUUGGUGAGGUGAUCAAAUAUCUCGUCUAUAACGCCCGAAAGAGAGGCGGAGAUACUGCCGAUAAGUACUUUACGAGAACUGAGAAUAUCGCCGGAGUGCGGGAUAUGCGAUUCCAAGCGCUGAUGCCAGAUAUCCUCCACUGGCUCGGUGUCAAGAAGAUCGAUCGCAUGCUAUCCAUGUCCAACAUGAAGCAUGAUGCCAUUGUGGAUUCCGGGAUCAAGAUCCUCGAGCGUAUUCCCAUUCCCGAUGAAAUGAUCCCCAGUGACUCGCGAGUCGAGAUUGACGCCAAGAUCAAUGCUGGGUACUUCACCACCGGUAAACAGAUUUCCAUGGAUGAACUGGCCGAAGUUCGUGGUCGUGGCUGGGAGAAAUGGGAGGACAUUGAGCACUGAGAACGAUCAAUUCUGCUACAUAAAUUGGAUGUCAGGUUUCAAAUGUAGGUAAUUAACUAGUUUCCACAUCCCAGCUUCUACCAAUAGCCUAUACGGAAAUGACCUCUGUUAUAAGGUUCAGUGAAUUGGUAGCUGUGCGUUGAUCGCAUUUGUGAGAUCGAGUUUUUUUUCACUCUGGUUCUUGUUUCUGUCUUCACACUUUUCAAAUAGCAUAGUUAGGUAUUCCAGUCAUUAACAAGGUUAUUCUACAUCAGUUCGGGAACUCGCCGUUGUUCUCCACGCUUAGGUAGUUCGAGCACUCGGCAUCAUGCCCGGUCAAGAAGCUAUCGGCGACACUCCGACGCGGAUACUUUUCCACCUUACCUGACCCCGCAUGAAUUCCAACUUAAGUAGCAACAUCUGCC